AUGUCUACCUCAAUGAGUUCUGUACUUGUCACCGACAUGCCAGCGGUCGAUGACAACACCAUUCUUGAUAUAUAUUGCGAUGUGGAAAGAAUACAUGCCUGGCUUGAUUUGAAGAGAUCCCAACAGACCAACGGAUGGUACGUUCAUCCCCGGAUAGUGUACUACACUGGUCUCAAACACAAACGGAAUGGAAUCGCUUCCAUCAAAAAGAACAGCCGAUUGACCGGCGAAUAUUUCGAGCGCCAGAUUUCCAAUUUUGAGAGGCUUUGCACCGUCCAAACCGCGCUGACAAAGAUAAUUAAGAAGGGUGCUAUCUACUUCAUCUCCGCUCCAGUUUACGCCAAUGAAUAUCCCACUUUCGACUUUUCUGCCUUGCCUAUUACAAUAACAUCGUUGUCAUUCUAG